GUCUCGGGUCAAAACAUUGGAAUCGCCAUACUAAGGGUGUGGCGCUGGAAGACUAGAAGCCCUAACUCUUCUUGAGGCUUUUUAGUUUUCAUUAUUUAAUUUUCCUUAAUUAUGUUUAUUUAUUGAUUACCAGAGACCAAGAUGGAGGGGUUAAAGGCGCUGCUGAUGUGGUAUAUGGCUGCCACCUUCGGCAUGAUUAUGGCGCAAUUUGAGUAUCAUGAUAAGGAUACUUUUGACCAAAUAGAAAAUUUGUUCAGCCUCGUCACACCAAGGAACUGCUUCAUCAAACCGAAGGAGGACCUCUACUUUCCUGAGGACACUGUGUCACAUUUGCCAGACAUCCAGCAGGUUAACAUCAAUCCUGUCUUUCCUAACCGCACAGCACUUCAUCAUCUCCACAAUAUGGCUCAUUCUCGGGCUUUUUUCUGGUCUUACAUCCUCCAGUCACGUUUUAAAAGACCAGCAGUGAACGUCUCAGACAGUGCUUCAGAGUAUGAUCCUGGUUUUAUGUACUAUUUUAUUUCGGCAAUGGCAGAUGUGGCAGCAAAUCCAAAGAUCAAUUCAAGUGCAACUUAUUUUCAACCAAAUAUGGCAUUUACAUCCUCUUACAAAGGAUUCUUUAACAAAUCAUUGCCUCUGUUUGCUCCAAGAGCAUUCAGGAUGGAUGAUUACAAUGAUCCUGUACAUCUGGAAAGAAUCUCGACAUUGAAUUUCUUUCAAGUAGAAGACCUUGGAGCAAUCUUGCCCACAGGUCAAAAUUCACACAACUACACCCUGGAGGAGUAUCGUAUCAAUGAAUGGUACUACUCUUGGCUGCCCCACACUAACAAGCGACAAGAUGAACUCACUACAUACCAGGUUAAAAUUCGUUACGCCAACAAUACAAAUGAAACUUACGUAUUCCACGGCCCCAAUGCUCCAGACGAGGAUCCAGGACCUGUCAAAUUCACCCGUCCUUACUAUGACUGUGGGCGCUCAAACAAGUGGUCUGUGCCAGCCAUCACCCCAAUAGCGGACUUGUAUCCACGCCAUACCCAGUUUCGACACAUUGAAUAUCCAACACUAACUGCCAUAUCUGUCAUGGAGAUGGACUUUGAACGAAUAGAUAUUAAUCAGUGUCCAAGAGGAGAAGGCAAUGAUGGGCCCAAUAGGUUUGCAGACACUAGCAAAUGCAAAAAAGAUACCACAGAGUGUGAGCCGUUGGAUGGUUAUGGUUUUCGUCGUGGUGGUUACCAGUGUCGAUGUAAACCAGGAUUUCGUUUACCCAAUGUUGUGCGACGCCCCUUCCUUGGAGAACUUGUCGAAAGGGCAACACUUUAUCAAUAUCGCAACGCCUUCAGCUGUACACCCAUUGGUUGGAUCCAAAAGCUGCCAUUUGACUACAACAAGAUGGGUGAAUAUGAACGGCAGAAAUACCUGUCCAGAGAUUAUCACAACGUGACAGGACCUAAUGCUACAAGAGCAAAUUCUGUAAACGUGGAGGAAGUCAUAGAGUUUCUCAAGUCAGUCACCCCAGAGAACUGUCACAUGUUUCCUCCAGAUGAUCUAUUACUCCAGGGUGACAUUGGCUUUGGGAUGGAGAAGCAGUUUGAGAAUGAAGCUAGGAUGGCACUUCGACUUGCAAACUUUUUAAGUGCAUUCAUGCAGCUCGUGAACCACAAUGAAAUAUUCUCGGGUGUACGUGUGGUUGACCGGCCACUGACAGAAGACCAAAUGAUGGGUGAAGUGUUGUCAAUAAUCUUGGGUAAUAGCAGGAUAUGGGCUUCAGGAAUGUUUUGGGAUCGCGGCAAGUUUACCAAUCAAACAUUGUUUGCCCCUGUGGCAUACAAGACAACACUAAAUACUCGCAAAUAUUCAAUGGAAGAUCUUGCUAGAUUAAACUCGACACGAGAUGUAUACGUCAACAAGCCCUGGUUUAGGAAACUUAAAAGUCGUUGGUCCACCAAUUUUGAUGACCUUGAGAAGUAUUGGAUGAAACUAAAACUACGACACAAUUCUACAGGGAUGCAUGGCAUGAAGUAUGAGCGCUACCCUACCUUCUACAAGGCUGCUGAGCUGCACCAUGGCCAAUGGAGUGUUCCUGAAUUUGACUGCAAUGGUUUUGUAAAAAAGUGGGUUGUACAUUACACAGCUCCAUUCUUUGGUUGGGAUCCACUGAAGUCUAAGUUGGAGUUCAAGGGUGCAGUUAGGGUGACCAUGGAUCUUCUCAAAUUAGACAUCGUUCAGUGCCCUAAUGAGUACUAUGUGCAGAAUGCUUUCAAGAACACCCAUCGAUGUGACCGGAAGACAUCCUAUUGUGUGCCCAUCCAGGGUCGUGGAUUUGACACCGGUGGUUAUAAAUGUGAAUGUAUUCAAGGCUAUGAAUAUCCCUUUGAAGAUCCUAUUACUUAUUUUGAUGGUCAGCUGGUUGAGGCGGAGUAUCUCAAUAUUAUCCGAAACAAAAAAACCAGGUACGACUUCCUCAAAUGCCGAGUUGCAGGGGCAGCAGGGCUUCAGAGUAGCUUCCUCAUAAUCCUGGCGCUUGCUUUCUUCACUCUCGUUCUUCGUCGCCAGUAAUGUCUUUUGUCAUCUUAAACAUUUAUCAGAAGUAAAAGCAGUUAAUUUGUAUCUGUGAUAAAUUUGUGAACUAUAGUAUUUUGUAUUUACUGCUCAGCAAAUAUACUUUUCUUUUGGUAGUUUUUAAAUUGUAAGGUAAACAGUUCAUUCAUGAAUUUUAUGUUAACUCUAAUGCUAUUACACUGUACCAGGAUAUUUUAGGCAAAAAAUAUGGUAUGUGAAGUUUACAGAAAAUUUUGAUGCACAAAUUCAUAGUCAGAGAGGUACUUAGGUAUUGAUAAAGGUAGUACAUGACUAUUCCUUCAUGGACGUCCUAGAAGUGCCUUUGUCUUGGUAAUUGAGUGCUGAAUUAUUUAAUAUAUCUGAUUAUUACAUGGAUACUGUAGGCAGUGUACCAUAAACUGACAUGAGGUAAGAAAUUUAUUUUUAUAGUAAUUUUUCUGCAUAAUUUACUGUUCAUUUAAUUUUUUAUUACGUAUGUCUGUCCCUAUUUGUGUAUACUGUACCAGAGUAGGGUAAGUGGAUGGAAGGCAGCUUAUGGGAAUAGCUUAAUAUUUUUUAGGGAGUAAAACUUCUGCCAAGUGUUUACAAAUGACUUAUUUUGCAGAGGAGCACAUAAACCCCGACAUUGAUAGCUCUGCACUCUGAAAACUUUUAAUAAUCCCAGAUGCUCCUGAAGUGGUGGAUAUAGAAAUGGCAGAUGUCCAUGUGUAUAUCCUUUUGCAUGUAAUGGAUUUUAAACUUAGUUUGUUAAAUAUAUCGUAAGAUCUGACGUGUUUGGUAAUCAAUAUUUUAGAUCAGUAUUGCUAGAAAUUUUUGCUCCUUAUAAACUGGGUCAGCACAUCUCUGUAUGCAUGCAUCCAACAUGCUGAGCUUGAUAACUUGAACAAAUAGCAGUUGAUUGAAGCAAACUGGACAAGUAUAUCUCACAAAAAUGUCUUGUAUAAAAUUUGGUACUGGUAAUCAUUAUUUACUAUCAUGAAAGGCCAGGGCUGUGGCCUCUUGGACUAAAAGAUGAGGUUAUACCUACUGUUCAGGAAGAAAGAGUAAUAUAUAUAUAUAUAUUUUUUUUUUGGAUAUGGAAUUGUGCUACUGUGUCCAUGGCUUAUAAACCUUAAUGUGACCACAGGAGCACUUUUAGGUGAUGUAUAGUUUUCAUUGAAACACUGUAGGACCUCUCCUAAUUUACACUAAACUGAUUAGAUCUGGACAGCUGUAUUUGCCCAGGUGUGUAGUCAUGUCACAGGUUGGUAAUGCUUCCUAAUUAUUACCACCCGGGUGUGUUUUGGCUCAGUGUGGUUUCUUUAACACGGUCAUAACAUCUGGUUAGCUCAGGUACCUUGUCCGUGACCUCUCCUGGGUCAGGUCUUACUGUCACUGUGGGGUGUGUCAACCUAUGUGGAUUACUACGUGGGCAUCUACUUACUAUUAUAUGUGUUGUAUUUCUCUGGGCUGUAAGCUGUGGUCUGAUAAACAAUCAUUACAAGUAACUUUGUAUAGAUCUGUUGUAGAUCUCGUAAUCUCAUAUGUUUUAUAUAUUCAAAAAUCAUUGUCAGCAACACUAAAGGGAUUUUAGUACAGUAUUAUGAUAUUGUAUGAUUCAAAUGUAUUGAAAUGUGCCAAAACACAUUUAUUGUAUGCCUGUGGCACAUGGGAUCUUGUGCAGAUGUUUUAUUAGUAAUCUGUGGUUUGGGGAUAACAGUGUUAAUGGUCACACCAGACACAGGGUAAGUUCCUGCUGGUUUCCCAUUCAUUUGAUUAUUGGAGUUUUAAUAUGAAUAAUGCUACAAUUUAUUUGCCUCAUCAGUGUUGUGGAUUAAUACUGUACCUCUUAUAAGUUUAGUUUUAUCAGGCAAGGUGUGUUAUCAGUUUAUCCACUUGUGGAAGCCUAUAACUUGCUGGUAACUUUCUGUCCAGUUGUAUAAAUAUAUAACUUGUUGGUAACUUUCCAUCCAGUUGUACAUGCCUGUAACUUGCUGGUGACUUUCCAUCUAGUUAUACAAGCAUGUAACUUGUAGGUAACUUUCUGUCCAGUUGUACAAGCAUGUAACUUGCUGGUAACUUUCCGUCCAGUUGUACAAGCAUGUAACUUUCCGUCCAAUUGUACAAGCAUGUAACUUGCUGGUAGCUUUCCGUCCAGUUGUACAAGCAUGUAACUUGCUGGUAGCUUUCCGUCCAGUUGUACAAGCAUGUAACUUGCUGGUAGCUUUCCGUCCAGUUGUACAAGCAUAUAACUUGCUGGUAGCUUUCCGUCCAGUUGUACAUGCACACAAUUUGUAUGUAACUUGCUGAUCAAAUAAUCUGUCCAGGUGUAGGAGCGUUGAAAAAUGUUGCUAACGAGAUUAUCUUGUUUUAAUAAAGUCAUGAAAACAGUCA